CGUUGACGCUCAGGAAGUGGAAUAAACCACCAAAGAUUCCCGCAGAUUCGAUAACGAUUGUCCCGGUGUUGCUAACGCGUCGAGACAAACCUUAACAUUUGCCUAAACGUUAUUUGUGGGCCAGUCGGGACGAUAAUGCUGAAUGGUUGCGCUCAUGAAAUUCACCAGAGAUAUACGCUGGCUUUUGGGAUUCGGGAGCGCGGCCCCCCCAGUCCAGCAGGAGGAAGAGCAAAUGGACUAUGGUGCUGCAACCCCUGACCACAGUAAUGAUGCCACUUUGCUACAGCAUGACAUAAAUGGAGAGGAGGAUUUGAACGAACAGGAGAGGGUCAAACAGAGGGCAGAGCGACGUAAGGCCAAAAAAAAGCGUCGGCGAAAACGUAAGAAACAGGAGCAGGUUAGCCAAAACGAGAAUCCAGAGCAGGAUGAUGAGGACGAGGAUGCAGGUGCGGAGUCUGAACUGGAGGGGAGCGCAUCAGAAUUUGAAGUGGUCGCUGAAGUGGAGGUUGAAAAGGAGGAGACAAAGUCAGCUUCCUCAAACAAAAACAUGGACACUCCAGUAAUGGCCUCCUCGGGAAUCAGAGGCCAUCAGAAGGGCCAAGCUAAAUCCACUGAAGAGGAACCAGAGUGGGAUGUAAGCAGUGCCUUUGUUGCUAAUGCUGCUAGCCAUAUAAAACCCAAAGGGUCGAGGUGCAAAUCCAAAGAAAACAAGGAGAACGAGGCGAAGAGAGAGACAAAUGGAACUGACACCACAACAAAGAAAAGCACAUCGCUGACAGAAAAAGGGAUAAAGCUGGUGCAGGAGGGGCAGUACACACAAGCAGUCAGUAUGUUUACCGAAGCCAUCAAAUGUGAUCCAAAGGAUAACAGGUUCUUUGGGAAUCGUUCCUAUUGUUUUUACUGCCUAGAGCAGUACCCUCAGGCUCUGGCAGAUGCCGACCGCUCCAUUCAGCUGGCCCCAGACUGGCCUAAAGGACACUUUCGCAAGGGACGUGCUCUUAUGGGGCUGAAGCGGUACAGUGAGGCAGAGAAAGCUAUGGAGCAGGUGCUGAAACUGGAUGAAGACUGUGAAGAGGCUGUCAACGACCUCUUCAACUGUAAAGUGCUUCAGUUAAUGGAUCUUGGUUUUGAGGAAAUGCAAAGUGUCCAACUGCUGGAGAAAUUUUCCACAGUGCAUGCUGUUCAGACAUUUUGGACAGAAGCUGCCAGGGCUGGAAGCCAAGAUUCAUCAGUUGUGCAGCCAGGAAGCCCUUGUCCCUCUCUAUGGGUUGGAAAUGUGACAACUGAGCUAACUGAGAAACACCUAUGGGACCUUUUUCAAAUGUAUGGUGAUAUAGAGAGUAUCCGAGUGCUGCAUGACAGAUUCUGUGCAUUUGUCAACUUUAAGAAUGCAAUCAUGGCAGCUCGUGCAAUGGAAAAGUUAAACGGCUACUGUAUUGAGAACACGCGUUUAGUAGUGCGCUAUCCUGACCGUCAUUCUCAAAAGUUCCUUCCAAUUCCACUUAAGACCUGUCUCCCUGUCAUCCAGCAGCCAGGAGCAACUGCUGGACCUCGACGACGUGGCCCAGUGAAUGGUGAUGAGUGUUACUUCUGGAGAACCACUGGCUGUCAUUUUGGGGACAAAUGUCGCUACAAACACAUUCCUGAUCAGAAAGGGAAGGACCGAAAACCCUGGCAGCCUUGAACUGGAUUUACACUCUGUCUUUAUAUGGUGCAGACAACUGGGAUACACAGACUGAGCUAAAGAGUUGGUACUUACUGGACCAGGUUCUCUAGGCUAAAAAUCUUUUGUAUGGCAAAAAUGGACCUGAAUUUAUAAAGGAUCAGAUUCAGUAGACCUGCUGUAAGGCUGGGAUGAACACACAUGUUCCACAAAGGACUGUGAGUAUGAUGGUUUUUCUCUUUUUACCAAAGACCGUAAUUGAUGAUAUUGCUCAACGACCCUAAAGAGAGCAACAAUAUCAAUGGGUGUUUUGGCUGAAGACCUAAAUAUUUGCAGCCCUCCAUGGCAUUUGUUGACAUAUUCUUACUUUGAAGAAUAUAGCUCAACCUUACAGACCUGCAUCAUAAAGAGGGGAUGCCAUCCUUUUAUUAUAGUUCUAUCACAAAGCAGUGUUUUCCCACGUUUUAGACAGUAAAUUAACCACUAUGUUAAUUUGCUUUUUAGGGUUAUUCAUUACCCACAGUUGGUGAAUUUACUUGGUUUCCUGUUCACUGUUUAUCUGAAAACAUCCAUAUUUUCUCCUAGACCAAAGACUUGCAGAGGGGUGUCUUCGUAAUGUCCAGUGCCUUAGAAUCAUCACAAGGGUUAAAUGGACAUGGGAGUUCCAGAUUAGAUGUUGGGUACUGUAAAAUAAUAUGCCUUAGUUCAGGUUAUUUACUUACUGGCUGGCCUUUUGUCAGAUUAAAAGAUUGGGUUCUCUGACUGCAUGCUGGUUGUGCUUGCAGGGUGUGGAAGAGACCGUACUCAUGCCAUAAAUACUAUGCAGUCCAAAACAAUAAAUGCUAUAUGAAGGCCAUAGUGUUCACCUUUUCGUGAACCUGUGCUAGACAGGUCUCGUUUGAAUCUGAAGUAGUUCUUGUAAUGACAAUGCAUAAAGUGUGGAAUUUUUCACUUCUGCACGCAUUGCGUUCCUCUUUAUAGAAGCUGAUUGAGGCACUGAUCUGUAAACAUAGUAUAAACUUACCCCAGCAGUAGCCAACAUGCUUUUUUAGUACAUUUGCAUUGUAGACAUCAUAGGACUUGAUCUUUAUGCAAAAGAAAAGAUGUCUUGAUUGUCAGACAUACACCCACCAUUACCACUGGUGUUAAUGACAUGGUUGAUGCUUGCAGAUGAAUUAAUUCUUACUACAACAGUGCCUUACACAAUGUCAUGCUCGGUCAUGUUAACUACAUGCUCCACUGAUGGAACGUAUGGAUCCUAACAAGCAGUGUUUUUGACCUUGUGGUCUUCUGUUCAGUAUUUCAGUGAACCAAAGAAUGCCUCAUGUGAUGGCCCCACACUGAAAUGAAAACGCAUCAUUCCCUGACCAGUAACAACACUAGACAGAGCGCUUUCUUUGGCAUGUGUCUGUGUCGGCCUUGACAGUUGCAUCUAUCACCGCUGGUUUAAAUCUACACUACAUUUACCAGUCGACUAUGUACAGCAAAGCAAGAGUAUUUAUUUUAUUUAUAGCUAU